CUGACUUGUUGAAAACUAUAUAUGAUCUGAUGUUGAUGCCUACCCCAUCAGAUGAUGAAGAAUCAAGGCAGUGCUUUCUUGCUGGUCUGGUGAUCAGAAGUCUAAGUAUUUCUACUUCGAAUUGGAGAUGUGCAGAAACACUUAGUUAUUAUUUAGCAGAAAGAAAUAUUAUGGGAAUUUAUGAUGUUGACACACGUGCAAUCACCCGCAGAUUGAGGCAAGAUGGAAGUCUUAUUGGAGUUUUGAGCACAGAACAAUCUAGAAGUGAUGAAGAACUUUUGAAGAUGUCACGUUCAUGGGACAUUGUAGGUGUUGAUUUAAUAAGUGGCGUUACCUGCAAUGCCCCUUAUGAGUGGGUUGAUAAAACAAAAUCAGAAUGGGAGUUCAACUCUAAUGGAAGAGAUCAAGAGACUUACACAGUUGUUGCGUAUGAUUUUGGGAUCAAGCAUAAUAUACUUCGACGUUUAGCAUCUUAUGGCUGUAAAAUCACUGUUGUGCCGUCCACUUGGCCAGCAGCUGAAACCCUUAAGCUGAAGCCAGAUGGAGUUCUUUUAAGCAAUGGUCCAGGAGAUCCAUCUGCUGUUCCUUAUGCUGUUGAAACAGUCAAGGAAAUUCUGGGAAAAGUUCCUGUUUUUGGAGUUUGCAUGGGCCAUCAGUUACUUGGGCAGGCUUUGGGUGGUAAAACCUUUAAGAUGAAGUUUGGUCACCAUGGAGGAAAUCAUCCUGUUCGCAAUCUUUGCAAUGGUCAUGUUGAGAUUAGUGCUCAGAAUCACAACUAUGCAGUUGAUCCUGCAUCACUCCCUGAGGGUGUAGAAGUGACUCAUGUUAAUCUUAAUGAUGGAAGCUGCGCUGGUCUAGCUUAUCCUGCGUUAAAUAUUAUGUCUCUUCAAUACCAUCCUGAAGCAUCGCCAGGACCUCAUGAUUCAGAUUUAGCUUUUAGAGAAUUCAUAAAGCUUAUGGAGUCAACAAAACAAGCUGCUUGAAGGAAUUUGUAAUAUCCGAUGGUUCGAGUUUUUGGGUAUAGUUUGACGUUAAUGUUUUAAAUGGGCUUCUUCUCAGCUAUGCUUUGGUCGAUAUUUGCUUUAUGUGGAGAGAAGUAUAAAGGGAAUGCUCUAUAUGACAAUUUUGUGUGAAAUAGUUUAAGAUAAUUUGCGUUUUUCUAUGUUUGAAUGGUACUUCAUGAGUUAUAGAAAGAUGAACGCUAAUUAUUGGAAUUUACUUUCUAAAUCACAGCAUGGUUGUUUUAGCAUAACAUUAUCAUGU